AUGAACGCCAAGAGGAAAUCAACACAACAGGACAAAAGGCGACACACAUUCAACCCAACACACAGUCACACUCGCCAAACCCUCGUCCGGAUCGUCAUUCGCCACCUGAGCGCCGCCGUACCAGCCGCCGUGCUGUUUCUCCAUGUGGCUGUAGAUGAGGUGGGGGUCCACCUGCGCGCCACAGUAGAAACACCAGUGGGUGUGGCAGCCCGGCACGGGGCACGCGAUGUGGUCGCAGCCGCCGCGCUUUUCGGUGACGGUGCCGCACCCCGGGCACGGCUUGUAGCGGUGGACGGGCGCGGCGUCCUUGCCCCGUGCCGCCUCGGCCGCCUUGGCCUCGCAGUCGGCACACUGCCAGUCGACGACGUCGGGCGGCGCGCCUUGCGCGCAGACGCGCUCGGCAAACGGCUGGGCCAGGCCGCAGUCGUUGCACCAGGCGUAGAUCCAGGUGCCGGCGCGGGCGACGGCGGUGCGCAGGUUGCCGAGGGUGUUGAGGCCGAAGCGCGCGACGACGGCGGGGGCGGGCCGGCGGCGGCAAAAGGGGCAGUGCAGGGCGGCGACGUUGAGCAGGCGGCCGCGGGCGUUGAGGCCGUACCAGUCGCUGUGGCAGCCGGCGCAGAUGCGCUGGCCGCAGCCGCGGCGCCCGCAGGCGGCGCGCAGGUUGCGCUUGCUGGCAGCCGCAAAGCAGAGGCUGCAGGCGUCGGCCUCGGCGCGGCGGGCGGCGAUCCAGCGGCGCAGCUCGGCGACGACGUCGUCGACGUUGCGGACGGCCUUGCCGUGGAGGGCCAGCGCCAGGGUGUUUUGGCCCUGGGGCGGCGGGAGCACCUCGACGGCGGCGGCGAAGCCCUGGACACCGGCGGUCGAGAUGGUGUAAAAGAGGCUGCGGCCGCUAAGCGGCUCGAGAAUCUUGCCGCCGGUGUUGCGCAGCAGCCACUCCCGGCCGUUCUCGUCGACGAGCUGGCGGGCCGAGGUGGCGACGUCGACGACGGUGGCGACGGCGCCGGUGGCGCAGGCGGGGCACUCAAACGCCUUGGCUCUGAAGCCGGGCGGGCGGUAGGCGGCGGGCCAGAUGACGCGGCUCAGGCAGGUGCGGCACUCGACAAAGGGCGCCUGGGUCACGGCCGCGGCGUCGUUGGCCUGGGUGCCGGCGGCGCGGCAGUAGUGGCACUUGGGCCGCACGACCAGGUUGUCCGGGUUGUAGACGACGUACUGGCUGCGGCAGGCGCGCACGCUGCACUCGACCCACCACAGCGGGGUGGCGGCGGUGUCGGCGGCGGAGACGUGGGCGGCGACGCACGCGUCGUGGAGGGCAGGGGUGGCACAGGUGCAGGCGGUCUUGUCGCACAGGCCGCAGAUGCCUUGGGCGGCCAUGAUGGUGACGGAGCGGGGGAAGUGGCAGACGCGGCAGACGACGGUGGGGCCCAUGGGGGCCUUGGUCUUGUCGGGCUGCCAGCCGACGCGGGCCGUGAGGGUGGUGUCCAGGUUGAUCUCGGCCAGCUUGUAGUCGACGAGGGCCUGGAAGAGGGCGCGGUCGGCGCUGCGGAGGAGGCCGGUGGCGCCGUCUCUGGGCGUGGUGGUGCCUGCGGCCAGGCGGGCGACAUAGUCCUGGUCGGCGGACAGCAGCAGGUUGAGGCAGUUGGUGUUCCAGGUCUCCGGGACGUCGAGCGUGUUCCAGUGGGGCGCAAAGGCCAGCAGCUCGCGGUCGGCGGCGUCGCGCAGCGGCGCGAGGCCCAUGCGCAGGGACAGGGCGGCCAGCAGGGCGGCCGGGCGCGGGCCCAGCAGGGUGCCCGGCACAAUGGUGUGCAGCAAGACCUUCCAGAACUUGCGCUGGUGCUCGGGGCGGGCGAGGGCGAGCGGGAUGCGGGGGACAUGGCCGGGGUCGCCGGGGCGGGCGGUGAUGGCGGCAAUGUGGCCGGGCAGGUCGUCUUCGGUGGCGACAUAGGUCAGGCGAGCCAGGACGCGCCCGAGGCGGCGCAGGAUCCGGGCGUCGCAGGAGCGGCCAAUUUCGAGCAGGUCGCCGCGGGUGAGGCUGACCGGGGCGUCGUUGUCGUUGUCCUCUUCGUCUUCGUCGCCGCCUCCACCCGCCGUCGUCAGCUUGGCAAAGUCCACGGUCGGGUCGAGCAGCACACAGGGGAACUGGUCGGCGGCCGGCACGCUGGCGACGAGCUCGAGGAUCUCGGCCUCGUAGUCGUACGACUCCUCGAGCCACUGCUUGAGGCGGGCCUUCUUGUCGGCGUCGGUGGUGGCGUCGACCUGGCGGCCGAACUGGGCCAGCAGGUCGUCGCGGGCCGGGUUGAGGCGGUCGCCGCAGACGGUGCGCCAGAGGCUGCCAAAGACGGGGUUGACGGUGAUGGCGGCGACGUCGGUCUUGAUGAUGUCCUGCAGGUUGGCGACGACGAGACCGCGGUAGGCCUCGUCGGCGCGGUAGCGCUGGCUGAAGUCGGCCAUGGCGGGCUUGCGGGCGGCGACAUGCUGCUUGAGGUCGGCGAGGCCGACGCCGAUCUUUUCCAGGUUGUCGCGGGACCACUUGCUGACGUCGGGGGUGUCCUGGUAUACCCAGUACUUCUUGGCUUCGGGGUCCCGCUCGCCGGACAGCUUGUCGAGGUGCACGGUGUCGCGGUAGCGGCAGUACUUGGCCAGGUGCGCCGCGCUGCCGGCCUUGGCGCCGCCCGUCUCCUUCUUUUCGACGCCCAUCCAGGUCAGCAGGACGCCGAUGGUGACCUGCGCGAUGGCGGCCGCACCGCAGCCGUUGGGCAUCUCGAAGCACGCGCCGCCCGUCCGGGCGGAGAGGUAGGUGAAUGGGGCGAGGGUGUCGACGAGGUCGCUCUGGACGAUGCUGAAGACGCGCGCCUGCUUGCGGCCGGUGCACAGCGUGCGGGCGAGCGUGACCCAGUCGGCAAACGCCGCAGCCUGGGGCCCGUACAGCGACGCGGUGGUGUGAUUCUUGCUGGUCAGCGCGUCCAUCUCACGUAUGCGGUUGACGCCGCCGGUGGCGGGCGUGUGCGGCGGGGCAUCGGCGAAGACGACGACGACGGUGCCGACGUGGUCGCGCAUGUUGGCGUACAUGCGGGCCAGGCCCGUCUUGGCGGCCUCGGGCCAGUCGCCGCCGUGGCUGGCCUGCAGGUUCCGCGCAAAGUCGAGCAGCUGCGUGCGGCUGGCCUUGGCGUUGGACGGGACAUGGUCCAAGUCGGCGCGGGCGUCGAGGCCGUGCCAGCCGGACCACUCGGUGAGGGCGCCGCCGCAGUAGUCGCGGUAGGCGACGAUGCCGAUGCGGGAGAAGCAGCCGGUGAGGGCGGAGAUGCGGAUGAUCUCGGGCAGCGAGUCGUUGAGGGCGUGCAGGUAGAUGCCCAUGGACGCCGUGGCGUCGGUGACGAUGCAGAGGUCAUAGACGCGCGUGUCCUCCAUGGUGGCGGUGGAAUGGGAUGGGGGUUUGAAAACAAAAGAAGAAAAAAAGGAAAUGGAAAAGGAAAGGCACGGCGGCCAGUGCCUUAA